UCUAGAGAGAGAAAGGGAAAAAGAGUCAAAGCAGCUGCAGGAAUGGCUCGGCGUAGCAGUUGGUAUUUGUAAUGGUAAUCAUUCGGGUUUACAGGUGAAGAUUAGAAGCUCGUGACCAGAAUUUUUUCUUUUGCAGCAUUACAAAUAAGAAUCACAAUGCUACCCUUAGCUAUAUCAUCAGUAUCCUUCUCGAGGAAUUUGCAGACACCAUCUUCUUCACCUUCGUCUCUCUCUCUCUUCCUCUUUUUUUCUUGUCUUCAUAGCCUCUAUAUGCUGGAGCUAUAAAACCUCAGCAUUUUUAACGGGUUUUGCCUAAAAAGGGAAUUCUUUUCAAAGCUGAAUAUGAUAGAGUUCUUGUUCUCGUUGAAGUUCUCUAUAGAAAGAGUCUCUCUUUUACCCUUUCUGUGGUAAAAGUCCUUUAUUUUGAGAGGAUCCUUUGGGAUUUUAUUUUAUUUUUCUGUGUUUCUGUGAGGAAGAUUGAAGAAUGGGUAGUUGUGCGAGGAACAGUGGGGUUAGGCAAUAUAUAAGAUCAAAGGUGCCUAGAUUAAGAUGGACUCCUGAUCUUCAUCACUGUUUUGUUCAUGCCAUAGAGAGGCUUGGAGGCCAGGACAAGGCAACUCCAAAGCUUGUUCUCCAGUUGAUGGAUGUUAGAGGACUCACCAUUUCUCAUGUCAAAAGUCAUCUUCAGAUGUACAGAGGCAUGAAGUCUGAUGUGAUGAGCAAACAAGAUAGAAGCAGCAGUACACAGCAAAAGAAAAAGUUGCUUGAAGAAGAUCAUCAAGAAGGAUGUGUUGAACAAGAAAUUCCAAUGGAAAGAUCAGAUCCACAGCAGUUCAUUUACUCUCCUCUACCUGUAAAAAGAGCUCGAAUCGAGAAGAUUAAUUCUGUCUCAGAGAAGCAAAGAAUACGUGAGUCAGUUGCAAAUCCGUACUGUGAUGAUGAUUAUAACAUGCAGACUAGGGCCGAGAAAAGUGACAAUGAAGAGAGAAAAUUCAAAUGGCAGAUUCAAGAAACACCUCAAAUCUGCACUGCUACUCCAUUCUCUAUGCUACAGCAAGAUUUCUUACACACCACCCUCAAACCUUAUUCCCUUGCAGGUUCACUAGUAGAAUCUGAGUUUUUCAAGGUGGUUCCGAAUCAAGAGAAGGAAAAAUGUGAAUCAUUUGUGCAAAGGAAACUCGAGAGCUUAAGCCAUAUUCACAAUGCAGCUGAUGAAAUUGAGGGUUGUGAAUUGUCAUUGUCCCUCUCAUUGCAGAGAAGUAAUGGUUUUUCCACUAGCGAAAUCGUCAGUGAGGCAAUAUCGUCGACCUACACCAGAAGGUCUAACAUUAAUCAGCACUCGGCUUCUUCUUCGCAAAAUCAUAAUGUUAAUCUAGACCUCUCUAUUGCUCUCUGUGGUUCUUGAUUUUGCAGUCGAAGAAUUUGUAUUUGGCUCGUAUUUUGGAUAUCAUAUUUCGGUCUACUAUAAUUGGUUCUGUACACAAUGUUUAAGUUAGUCUAGAUAUCCUUGCAUGGUCUUAGUUAAAUGUUUGAUUACCAACUAUUUUGGUUGGGUGGUUUACUAAAUAUUAGUUUUCCUUAAAAAGUAGGUUUGGGUACUGAC